AUGCACAUAUACCCGAUGGACCUGGCGACGCAAACCUCCAAGCACCGAUGCAUUCUUCAUGGAGUGCUCUGGGUCAGUGCGAUGCUUGGCUUCAGUGCCUACUACAUUUGGCUGCUCACGCCACCCCUGGCCAACGACGCGUUCUGGCCCCACUACAACACUUCCGGACGACACCGAACGAACGCCUUCGUCGCACUCGACAAUGUGUUGACCGAAGGCCGGCACGACUUGACCAACGGGGUGGUGCAUCCGACGUUUGCAAUGGCCUUAGUGGCCGUCAACCUCACAACGAUCGAGCAUGCAAUUACCAACCUUCGCAACACGUCCACGUAUGCGCUGCUGACGCUGCCCACGCAGUACUGCUGGGUGGACUUCAACAAAUCUUGGCCUCUUGCGGCGACGACGAUGCGGCAAGCGCGCUGUGAGGCCACAUACAGCGCGAACGGUGCCAUGUACCUCGAGGCGCCGCUGCGCAACACCAACUUUUUAGCCUUUCAAGCCAUGUUUGGUCAGAACGACUCGGCAGGUGAUUGGUAUGCGCUUCAGACCCGCCUCGCUGCCUCGAGCGCCGGCCGCAACUGGCUCACGUCGGUCGCAACCGCGCACAUGACCGUGCCGGCCGAAGCAGCGCUCUUGACGGCACACGGGCUCGCCACGUAUCAGCUCCAGUGGCAAAACAGCUUUGCUCCGAGCGCGCUAGGAUCAGCGACGCUGAUCAACGCACUCGGUGUGCGCACAACGCGGACGCUACAGACGCUUCAUGGCGUAUGUUCUUGCGUCAAGAUAAGCGCCAUAUCGAUGACUGUACCCACAAGCCACGUAACUUCGUUGGCAGCGAGGCACGUCGUGUACACGGGAACGCUCGCGAUCGCAAAGCCGGAGAAGCCCGCUGGUAUCAACCGUGAGCACGACCGACGCCGAGGCCAAAAGAUAGAGCGCUGUCAACCCGCGGAGUUCUGUGAAAGGCCGGCCGACCCACGUCAUGACACCGACGCGGCUUUUGACCAAGAGCGUUCGAUCCGAGCUGUUGUCAGUCGACGUAAACUGCGCGACGCUCACGUCGAGGGCCGCCACGGCCUCGUGGGCAGCAGUGACGAGGCGCGCGUCGAUCGUGCGUGGGGCGAGCGACGCCGCAGCUUGCAGCAGCGCGAGACACCGGUCGGAUGUUUGCGCGACACAAAACUUGGCACCGCGUCGGUGACGAGCGCAGUCACGAUGGAGAGCGGCGGCACAGCGACACGCCAGGGUGGUGGCGCUAUGGCAGUCAAAAGCAACUGCGUACCGCAUUGAUCGGCCGACGUGAAGGGCGAUUGGGGAAGGGACGUCGGGAAGCUGCUGCGGCAAAACGGACUGCCCCCGUAGUACGUUUGAUUGGUCCAAACCGGGGGCUCGCUGUCGCGAUGAGC